AUGGAUGCUGGAGACCAUACACAAGCUGUGCUCUUCUUCUUUCUCGGUCAUCACCUGUCAACCCGCUUUCAGCUGUCAUGUGACUUUGGGAGGGUGCAGGAUCACCAACUCCCCAUGAUAUCAAGGGCAUCAGACACCUCUUGUGGCAAUUUUCCAAAUCUCCCCAUCUACCUGGACGCCAAUUUGUUGGUGAAACGACAAUGUAUCACUCUUGGCCACAUGGAGGUUGCUUUGUCUACAGCCUGCAGGAAGCGCUUGGCAUGUCCUCCGGCCAGUAUUGAUGCAGCGCUUUAUCGACUUCUCGAUGUAGUCGAGCAAUGUGCGAACAACUCAAUCUUUGAAGGAUCCAACGUCCAACUCAAAAACCCAUCAGCUAAGAAUUUGGUAUAUUCGAAAAGUCCCCUACAUCUUCCGAUUCGUCAAAAGAUGUACCUUGUAAAUCGUCUCCUUUCCACAGCCAUGUAUGCAGUCUUACUUCUCUUUUUGUCUCCCAGUGGAAAUGUAUCUGAGCGAACGGUGACUUCGGCAUCGGGAAAGGUUCGGCCUUGUAGCUCGUCAACAGAUGUGAAUGGGGUAUUUGAAGCGGAUGAGAAAAGUGUAGAAAAGCUGUACUUACCCAGCGGGCUAACAGGCCUUUUAAAGGGUCUGACAAAAUGGCGCCCAAAAAAUUGUCGUUGGCUUAAACAAGAUCGUCUAUAUUCCAGUCAUUUGCCAGAGGAUGUGACCAACUAUUGCAUUGAUUUAUCUGGUCUGUCCUUCGGCUUAGGUGCUGCAACAGAAGGCAUAAAUGUUUCCAACUCUAGAGGAAGAGGUAGGGAGCGUAUUUUUAGCGGUGGAGAAGCCGUAUUAUUAAAUGAGCACAUGUCCCAUGGCGUUGAAGUGGCCGAUCUUCCUGAAGACGUAGUACUGAUCAAGACACUUACUUGGUGGAAUGAGUAA